CACACAGAUACUGGAUCCACAGGUGUGCUUAAACAAGCAUCCAGGUUCAAACCAUCCCUCUGGCAGACAUGAGGAACAGAGGGCUGAAGACGCAGUCCUGAAUAUUGAUGGAGGGCCAUGCUAUUCAAACAGCAGGCACUGCUGAGACAGAAGCUCUUCGUUCUGGGCAGCCUYGUGAUCGGAAGUGUCCUCUAUCUUGUGGCCAGGGUUGGGACUUUGGAUAGAUUACAACCCAUUUGCCCCAUUGAGAGCAGAUUUCACCCGUCUGAGCAAAUYCCUCUUCGUACGCUGCAGUUUAAACGYGGGCUGCUCCAUGAACUACGCAAGGGCAAUGCCACCAAAGAGCAAAUCCGCCUGCACAACCUGGUCCAGCAGCUGCCUCGGGCCAUCAUCAUCGGCGUUCGCAAGGGGGGCACCCGCGCCCUGCUGGAAAUGCUCAACCUGCACCCAGCCGUGGUCAAGGCUUCGCAGGAGAUUCACUUCUUCGACAACGACAAAAACUACGCCCGCGGCAUUGACUGGUACAGGGGUAAAAUGCCCUUCUCCCUCCCUCACCAGAUCACAAUUGAGAAGAGCCCUGCCUACUUCAUCACAGAGGAGGUUCCCGAGCGCAUCUUCAAGAUGAACUCUUCCAUCAAGCUGCUGAUUAUCGUCCGAGAGCCCACCACCAGAGCCGUGUCCGACUACACCCAAGUGCUUGAGGGCAAGGAGCGCAAGAACAAGACUUACCACAAGUUUGAAAAUCUAGCCAUUGACGCCAACACGUGCGAAGUGAACACCAAAUACAAAGCCGUCCGCACCAGCAUCUACACAAAACACCUGGAGCGCUGGCUCAAGUAUUUCCCUGUGGAGCAGUUCCACAUAGUGGACGGGGAUCGGCUCAUUACGGACCCGCUACCAGAGCUGCAGCUGGUCGAGCGCUUCCUGAACCUCCCCUCCAGGAUUAGUCAGUAUAACCUGUACUUUAACGCCACCAGGGGAUUUUACUGUCUGCGAUUCAACAUUGUCUUCAACAAGUGCCUGGCCGGCAGCAAGGGCCGCAUCCAUCCUGAGGUGGACCCGUCUGUAGUGACUAAGCUGCAGAAGUUCUUCCACCCUUUUAAUCAGAAGUUUUACCAGAUCACUGGAAGAACAUUUAACUGGCCAUGAAAUUUGUCUUUCAUACAAAAAAAARKWAAAAAAAAAAAAAAAAGAUCUCACAAGGUAUGAACAGCACUUUGUUUAGUUUAAUACAAGUAUGAUAUUGUGACCAAAUAAUAAUACUUGAUGUAAGUUUGCUCUAUGUGUGUAAAAUGCAACACAAUAGUUUGAUGUUUUCACUUAGAGGUUAGGUGGGCAGAGYCAAUUCUUUAAAGUCAGUUUACAUGUCUGUCUGUGUUUSUCCUCCUAAAAUAGAACAUUUUCAUSCGUGUGUUUACAGUUACUUGCAAAGUAAGAGUUAGAGAAGCAGAACUUCUUGAACUCUUCUAGAUUUUGUCAUGUCCCAACCUGUGAAAUGAGUGAAAUCUGAAAAUGUUGGAGUGCAUCUGUAAUCACAAUCCUUUUUAAACCAGUAAGCAGAUUAAAGUGGAACUAAUCAUGCAUAACAACCCUUAURUAGAUCUCAGAACAAACAGCAUUAUGAGGCCUAAAGGUCACAGCAGACUAGUCAGGCAGAAAGCACUAGUGGAGCCUAAAGCAGAAUUAUGUUCCAAAACAUCAUCCCAAGCUUUGAACAUCUCAAAUCUCUGUUCAAUCUAUCAUCUGAAUACAGAAGACGGCCCAACUGCAAACCUACCAAGACCUGAACAUUCACCUAUUCCAAGAGACCAAACAGGGAGAGCAUUGGUCAGAGGAGCAGGACUGGUAGACCUGGAGAAACUGCAAAGAUCCAGAGAUCAGAUGGGAGAAUCUCUCAGCAUCACAGAUCUGACCUCUUUGAAAGAGAUACAAGAAAAAARUCAUUGAAUGAAAGCCGUCAGAAGUUCAGUUAGACGCCCUGAUAUUAGACACUUGAUUAUAAUUUCAGUUUAUGUAUAUUAUCCUGAUUAACAAUAAAUUUCUCAAUUCACUUUACAAUAAAAAACAAUAUUUUGCAGCAAUCCUUCAUACAUGUUCUGACAGUGGAGAGCAGAACCUACAUUUAAAAGGACGGAUCMUCUAGCAGGACAAGGUUGKGUUGAGCAUCCGUCUGACACAAACAACGAAUCCAGAUUCCAAUCCAACUGAAAACCUGUGACAAGAUUUCAAAAUCAUUAUUCAAAGACAUUCUCAGUCCAGUCUGAGGUUGAGCUGUCUUCCCCCACUCUCAUUACCCACUUUCAUGUCUGACUGCUCUCAAAUAAAGGCAAGUAGGGCCAAUGAAACCUUUUWAUCUGUUUUUUUCAAAGAAAAGAUAUUUAGUUGGAGAGCUUGUGCUGACCCAGCAGAGCUGAAUACACACACAACACAGUUUUCAGAUUUUAUUUGUAAAU